UGGCGGAUGAGUGAACACUUCAGUAGCGUCAAAUCCGCUGCAAAUAUGACUUAUAAAACCAAGUAAAUGGUAACGAGAUGGAUUUACCUCUUCCAUGCAAAGAAACUAGAAACUUAGUGGGCCACCAGGGAGCCGUACGAGCCGUCAGAUUCAAUUACGACGGUAACUACUGCCUGACAUGUGGCAGCGAUAAACUUUUAAAACUGUGGAACCCUCACAAGGGAGGUCUCCUAAAGACGUACAGUGGACAUGGAUAUGAAGUACUUGAUGCUGUAGGAUCCAGUGAUAAUGGUCGGGUGGCGAGCUGUGGAGCUGAUAAAACUGUUAUACUAUGGGAUGUGGCAACUGGACAAAUUAUACGCCGCUUUAGAGGACACACCAGUAAAGUGAACUGUGUGAAGUUUAACCAACCAGACAGCACAGUAUUAAUAUCUGGCUCAUAUGAUGCCAGUGUACGGUGCUGGGAUUGUAAAUCGCGCAGUCCUGAGCCAAUACAGAUUCUUGAUGAUGCUAAAGACAGUGUGCCUUCCCUAUGUGUGUCUCAACAUGAAAUUCUGUCUGGAUCUGUUGAUGGCAAAGUCCGUAACUAUGAUAUCCGUAUGGGUCAGUUGCGAGUAGAUUGUAUUGGCCAGCCAGUCACCAGUGUGAAUUUUACGAGGGAUGGUCAGUGUGUGCUGGCAUCAACAUUAGAUGACACCAUUCGUCUGAUGGAUAAAGACACUGGGGAGUUACUGAAUGAGUUUACAGGUCAUAUAAACAAAGACUAUAAAGUGGACAGCUGCCUGAGUAGCAGUGAUGCACAAGUUGUUAGUGGCUCAGAGGAUGGCAGGAUUUGUUUUUGGGAUCUGGUUGAAGCCAAGAUAGUACACACCCUGGAUAAAGCCCAUAAAUCUGUUGUUUACUCUUUGUCUUAUCACCCUACAGAAAAUUACCUUCUAUCAGCAUCUUCGGAUGGAAAAGUCAAAGUUUGGCAUGAUUCAAAUUGGACACCAGAGUAAAUAACUUGGCUAUGAGAAACAGGA